AUGGACGAGAAGCUGUUCGAAUUCUUCCGCAUCGCCAUUUGUGGAGCUACCACCGUUAUCCCAGCCGACAACUGCUAUCUUCAUGAGAUCAUCCCAAUAGCAGUCAAGAGUGACUGUGUGAAGCAUGCAAUCCUGGCACUGGCGGCAACCUACAUACUGGACUACUCGGGGGAGGAGAAAGUGAAGGAAUCGGCGAAUCUGCACUGGAAACGAGCGGUCCUUCAACUCGACAAAGAACUCCACGAUACGGAAAGAUGCAAGCCCGGCAAAGAGAACGCAGUCAUCGCCGCCAUGCUUUUGUUCGGCCACAACGAGAAUGUCAACUGGGAGGCUACUAACUCUGGUAACGAGUGCCCACCCUGGUACAAAGCUACUCAGCUUGCGGAACAGGUCCUGGAGAUGUCAGAUCCACUUUACAAUUACCAUUCAGCUAGCAAUGUACAGUGCGCCAGAGCUCGCAUUACGCUGGGGAACAGGCUCGCCCAAUACAACAUCAUGAGCGCUAUAGCUUGUCCACUAGAUCAGUUCCAGGCGAAGUGCUCUUUUACUUGGCUGCUAGAGGGAGAUGAACGUGAGCAGCACAAGAUUGUAGGCAGUACCGCGCUUAGUCCGAAGCUCCUGCACACUUUUGCGCAAAUAACUCAUCUCUCCACCAAGCUAUACAAGGAUCCGAAUAGGAUUGCAGCGCGCAAUCUGGGCAGGGUUAUUGGAGAGCGCCUACAGAACUUCCAGCACCACUCCGAUCUGUCAGAAGGCUACCCCAACCGUCAAGCUCUCCUAGAUUCCUGCGAACUGGAUGAGAACGGCAAGGUCUCCACCGCUGUCAAGACGACCGAGCUCCUAGCGGAGAGUUAUGUGGCAGCGGCGCAGAUCUACCUUUACUGUCGUCUCAUGAGGAAAUCCAGAAGACAUCCACACGUUCAGCUGAUUGUCGACCAACUUCUACAGAUCAACGUUCCGCCAGUAUGGCGUACUGUACAGUAUAUAUGGAACUGGCUCGAUGCACGCCACGGGCCAUCGGAAGCAGCGGGUUUGGACGUGUCUGACAUUACGAAAAUUGAUCCCAAUGCCGAGCCAUGGUGGGAAGAUAUGGUAGCCGAGAUCUAUGAGCGUGAGGGUAAACUGAAUCUGGCGUAG